AGCACAGGCUCCAGACGCGCAGGCUCAGCGGCCAUGGCUCACGGGCCCAGCCGCUCUGCAGCAUGUGGGAUCCUCCCAGACGGGGGCACGAACUCGUGUCCCCUGCAUCGGCAGGCGGACUCUCAACCACUGCGCCACCAGAGAAGCCCAAGAAUGGUGUUUAAAGCCACCUGACUGGGGUCUCCUCGAGAGAGAGAGAGUGUGGAUGGAGAGGACGUGGAAGACAGCCUAGAUUUUAUCAUGUGGGCAACCUGCUGCAACUGGUUCUGCCUGGAUGGACAGCCUGAGGAGGCCCCACCACCCCAGGGAGCCAGGACGCAGGCCUAUUCCAACCCUGGGUACAGCUCCUUCCCUUCCCCCACGGGCUCGGAACCAAACUGCAAGGCCUGCGGGGCCCACUUCGCAAGCAUGACCAGGAAGCAGACCUGCUUGGACUGUAAGAAGAAUUUCUGCGUGGCCUGUUCGAGCCAAGUGGGGAGCGGGCCCCGCCUCUGCCUUCUCUGCCAGCGUUUCCGAGCCACAGCCUUUCAGCGGGAGGAGCUCAUGAAGAUGAAGGUGAAGGACCUGAGGGACUAUCUCAGCCUCCAUGACAUCUCUACCGACAUGUGCCGGGAGAAAGAGGAGCUGGUGUUCUUGGUGCUUGGCCAGCAGCCUGUAAUCUCCCAGGAGGGCAGGACUCAUGCCCCCAGCCUGUCCCCGGACUCCCCCGAGCAGCAGGCCUUCCUGACCCAGCCUCACACCAGCACGAUACCUCCUACCUCACCCGGCCUCCCUUCUUCACCCCCAGCCCAGGCUCGGGACCGGCAGCAGGCCAAUGGCCAUGUGUCUCAGGACCAAGAGGAACCCGUCUACCUGGAGAGCACAGCCAGAGCACCUGCUGAGGAUGAGACGCAGUCUGUUGACUCAGAGGACAGCUUCGUCCCAGGCCGGAGGGCCUCUCUGUCUGACCUGACCGACCUGGAGGACAUUGAAGGUCUAACCGUGCGGCAGCUCAAAGAGAUCCUGGCUCGCAACUUCGUCAACUACAAGGGCUGCUGUGAGAAGUGGGAGCUGAUGGAGAGGGUGACGCGGCUGUACAAGGAUCAGAAGGGGCUACAGCACCUGGCGUGUGGUGCUGAAGACCAAAACGGGGGAGCAGUGCCAUCCAGCCUGGAGGAGAACCUGUGUCGGAUCUGCAUGGACUCGCCCAUUGACUGUGUUCUGCUGGAGUGCGGCCACAUGGUCACCUGUACCAAGUGUGGCAAGCGCAUGAACGAGUGUCCCAUCUGCCGGCAGUACGUGAUCCGAGCCGUGCACGUCUUCCGAUCCUGAGGGCUUGUACCAGCUUCUUCAGUGCCUUACAGGGACAUAGCUCGAGGUGUCUGGGCCCACAGUUGGCCAGCUUGCAGGGGGGCAGCCUAACAAGAAAAUCUGCAGUGUUCCCAAGACCAGGGCAAGCAAGAUGCUGUGUCACCUCUGGGCAUGCACAGAUCGCACAGGCAAGUCCCUGUUUCAGCGAUCUUGGGGUGAUGAUGGUAACUAAUGAAGAGAGGACUUUCUGGAAUUUGGACCGUAUCUUCCUCCCUUCCUCUGAGAACCUAAACAGUUUCACCCUUCCUCCUGUAGCCCACCCAUCCCCCUGAACUGCGUGUCUCUGUUCCACCCAUCGGAAGUCCUGGUAGAAAUGGCUCUCUUCUUCCCCAGCACAUCUGGAUUCAUUUCUGGUCCCUCUGGCUUUCUGUGCUUUAACCGACCUUUGCUAAAGUCUCUUGCUACAUUACCUAAAAUCCAUGUGUUUCUUCAGACCAAAAAGAUGUUAGCUUCCCAGACCAAUAGUGAUCCUCCUUAGGACAGAAUUUGGCGCAGUAAACUCAUUUCUGGCGAGAAAUGAAACACAAAUGCUAUGGAAAAAAUUUGAAGUCAUUAAGAGUUGCUUCCUUAAGUGCUGGGAUUGGAAGCUAUCAGUCUCUUGACCUGACCUUGGCAGUCAACAAAGCAUCUGGCUUUCAAACUGCUGGGAAAUUCCAGUCUCUGUGCGUGAGAUGGUGCGUGGAUCAUCUCUGCUGCUUCUCUUGGGGCCUGACUUUGUGCCAUCCUUAAUUUUAGUUUAUGAGAAAAGGGAAAGCAUUGGGUGGAAGCAAUGGCUUUCUGCUUGGCUUUGCCUUGUCCAGCAGCCAGCCUUAAACCACUUUCCCCUGAGCGUGAGAUCCCUCUUUCCCAUGGAGGUUUUAAACAUGGUCUCACUGAAGGAACAGAGGGAGAGAGCCUCACGCUUCUCUAGCUAGACUUCUCAUGAAGCUCCCAGAGACUGAGCAUGUGAGACAGAGCACCUAAGAGGUAUCAGAACGUACUGAACGAGGCUGGAUUCAGCCCUUGAGCAGACAGCUGGAAGUCUUAGUUCCCCAGGUUGGUGGGGACUCCCUACUCCCAUUUCCUUUCUCAACCUGCUGAUUUAGGGGCAGGUCAGGAAGAAGCAUUCUCUAGGCCCUUUAGGAAGGGCCGUGCAACGAACAGGUGAUGUUCUCGAGCCCUCUUAGUGUCUUUUCACCACUGGAAGAGCUUAAGUUUGCCGGAGAAGCUUAACCAAGCACAAACGUACGUACUGUGUACUAUCAGAAGAGCGGUGUGUGCUGCCGUCACUACUGGGCGAGCUAUGCAAACCCUUGAACACCCGAAGGCCUUGGCAGUCCCCCCACCCCCACCCCAUGCAGCCAAGAUCUCUCAGACUGGAAGAACCAGUCAUGACUUUGAAAGCAGUGGGAAACCUCUAAGAGGACCUGUUUAUUGGUACAGACAUGUUUAAUGCUUUCUGUCAACCACUAAUCUCUUUUGGGGGAGUGAAAUAAUUUUAAAGUGGUUGUCAGCUGAACACUGGACCACUUACCUUGACAUUAUACUGGGUGAUUUGAUUCUGAGCUACAGCCUUUGUAGGAACUGGGGGAGUCAAGAAAUUUCCCUAUAAAGACAUCGUCUUUCAUCUUUCUGCUGGACAGUAAAUACUACAGUUUACAGUGCCUACCAGUUUAACAAAGGAUUCAGCUACUCCUCAAUUCCACUGUGAAACAGGUCUACAUGUAUGCAGCUCAGUUACAACCUAGCAAUAACUUCAGGGCAGAAGCUGGCUGUCUCCCUACUUAAAACUUGCUUUCUCUGCUGAGGCCUUACCUCUCCCUACCUCCCAACUUCCCUCUUAGACAUGAGUUAAUAAUAUCCUGAUGGUUGGUCUGUAACCUCAGUAAGAAUUAGAACUGAUGUCAUUUACUCAUUUUGGAGAAAGAACUUGCCUUGAAGUCUUCUAACCUCUUUUGGUGGUUUCCAUUUACGAAAAAAAGGUGGCAAACACCUCCCCCCACUUUUUUGGUAUCUUCUUUAUUCCUACACCAAGUAAAAGUUGGGAAUUCUAAGAUCCCAUUUCAGUUACUAUCUAACCUAGGUAGAAAACUUGACUUUUAUCCUUGAAUAUUCUCUCCUGCUCCUCAUAGGUCCUUGGUCUUAAUUUUCAUGGAAACAUCUAAUUCUUCCAUUAUUCCAUGGCUUUUGCUGUGACUGUUCUGAGGUUUCAGUUGAGACUUGUUUUAAAAGACAUGGACAGCUGACUGGUUCAUAAUACAUUGGAAUAGCUGGAUCCAAACUAGUAAGAAUAAGCUGUACAGGAAUUAGUGCUCAAUAUAAAAUGUAUAAAUUUGUUGAAAUCUU